AUGCACAUCACAACAAAAUGCAUUCAUUGUCAUUUAUCAUGCAUGCGCACAAAGUUUCAAGUGUUGCUUUCUUGGUGUUACUAGGUUUGGGUAUUUGUGCCGCGAGCAGAGCUCUUUUGACUAUUGAAGAUAGCAUUCCUUACACUCAUGGUGGUUUAGGAGGAGGUGGUGGUGGUGGUGGAGGUGGAGGUGGUGGUGCAUAUGGGGCUGAAGGUGGACAUGGUAAUGGAUAUGGGGGUGGAGCUGGAAAAGGUGGUGGUUCGGGGUAUGGUGGUGGAGUGGCAGGAGGUGGAGGUGGCGGUGGCGGUAGUGGUAGUGGAGGAGGUGGUGGAGGAGGAACUGGAGGAGCAGAAGGUGGGGGUUAUGGUGGAGGAGAAGGAGGUGGGAGCGGGGGUGGAUAUGGUGGUGCAAUUGGUUAUGGUGGUGGAGCAGCUGGAGGGGGAGGUGGAGGCGGUGGUAGUGGGGGAGGCGGUGGAGGGGGAGAAGGACCACAUGGUGGGGGUUAUGGUGGAGGAAAAGGAGGUGGGAGCGGCGGUGGAUUUGGUGGUGCUGGAGGAGCUAGUGGCGGAGGUGGAGGAGGACAUGGUGGUGGUGGAGGACAUGGUGGUGGCGGUGGAGGAGGCAUAGGAGGAGCAGGAGGAGGCGGAUAUGGUAGUGGAGGUGGCGCAGGAGGGGGUGCUGGAGGAUCAUACUGUGGACAUGCUGGAGGAGGCGGUGGUGGUUCAGGAGGAGGAGGAGGCGGUGGUGGUGGUGCAGGAGGUGAACAUGGAGCAGGUGGAUAUGGUGGCGGCGGCGGGAACGGUGAAGGUGGUGGUCAUGGUGGCCAUAUCCCUUGAGAAAAUCAUGUGUUUCACUGGAGUGUCCAAAAUUAAAACGGGCAUUUGACUUCUUUUCCGAAUAAAUUAAUAUGAAUUAUAAUGAAAAUAAUAAUUAGAUUAUUUAUCGUGCGGGAAAUGGAAAUGCUAUGCAUCCCAUCGCUUUGUACUAUGUAAUCUGAUUUGCUUAUACAAUUAUGAGUUUAGAGUUGAUCA